ACAAUAGCGGCUCCCUCCAAGAUGGCGGCAGCGGCGGCGGAUCCGGGAGCAGGGAGCCCCCCAGCUGGCGAGUCUUGCGGCGGGGGCGGCAGCGGCGCUGGCGGGCUCCCCUCUCCCGGGGAGCAGGAGCUGACCCGGCGCCUGCAGCGCCUCUACCCGGCUGUCAACCAGCACGAGACGCCGCUGCCCCGCUCCUGGAGCCCCAAGGACAAGUACAACUACAUCGGCCUCUCCCAGAACAACCUCCGCGUCCACUACAAAGGUCAUGGCAAAAAUCACAAAGACGCUGCAUCUGUACGUGCAACUCACCCCAUACCUGCUGCCUGUGGCAUUUAUUACUUUGAAGUGAAGAUUGUCAGUAAAGGUAGAGAUGGGUACAUGGGAAUAGGACUCUCAGCCCAAGGUGUCAACAUGAACAGACUGCCUGGUUGGGACAAGCAUUCAUAUGGUUAUCAUGGUGACGAUGGACAUUCAUUCUGUUCUUCUGGAACUGGGCAACCUUACGGCCCCACCUUUACUACUGGAGAUGUGAUUGGCUGCUGCGUCAACCUCAUCAACAAUACUUGCUUCUAUACAAAGAAUGGACACAGCUUAGGUAUAGCUUUUACAGACCUCCCGGCAAACUUAUACCCCACAGUGGGCUUGCAGACUCCUGGGGAGAUUGUAGAUGCCAACUUUGGGCAGCAACCCUUUGUGUUUGACAUUGAGGACUACAUGAGGGAAUGGAGAGCGAAGAUUCAGGGAACCAUUAAGCGUUUUCCCAUUGGUGACAGGCUUGGGGAGUGGCAAGCCAUGCUGCAGAACAUGGUCUCUUCCUACCUGGUGCAUCAUGGAUAUUGUGCUACUGCCACAGCUUUUGCCCGUAUGACAGAAACCACAAUUCAGGAAGAACAGGCUUCCAUCAAGAACAGACAAAGAAUACAAAAGCUUAUGCUGGCAGGCCGAGUGGGAGAGGCCAUCGAGGCCACCCAGCAGCUCUACCCUGGUCUCUUGGAGCACAACCCCAACCUGCUCUUCAUGUUGAAGUGCCGGCAGUUUGUGGAGAUGGUGAAUGGAACUGACAGUGAAGUUCGUUGUUUCAGUGCACGAAGCCCUAAAUCCCAAGACAGCUACCCAGGGUCUCCCAGCCUCAGCCCUAGACAUGGACCCAGCAAUUCCCAUCUGCAUAGCACUGGAGCAGAAAGCCCCAGCUGUAGCAACGGGGUCACAUCUACCAAAAGCAAACAGAGUCACAGUAAAUACCCAGCCCUGAGCUCCUCAUCAUCGUCGUCAUCCUCCUCCUCCCCUUCGUCAGUCAACUACUCUGAGUCCAACUCCACAGACUCCACCAAAUCCCAGCAGCACAGUAGUACAAGUAACCAAGAGACCAGUGACAGCGAGAUGGAGAUGGAAGCAGAACAUUAUCCCAAUGGAGUGCCAGAGAGCUCAUCCACCCGGAUCAUGAAUGGUGCCUACAAACAUGAAGACAUCCUGCAGACAGAUGAAUCUAGUGUGGAAGAUGGGCGUCCUCGGCGACAGCUCUGUGGAGGCAACCAGGCUGCCACAGAGAGAAUUAUCUUGUUUGGCCGGGAGCUACAGACCCUCAGUGAACAGCUGUGCCGAGAGUAUGGCAAGAAUCUGGCCCAUAAAGAGAUGCUGCAGGAUGCAUUCAGCUUAUUAGCAUACUCCGACCCUUGGAACUGCCCUGUUGGUCAGCAGCUAGACCCUAUCCAGAGGGAGCCUGUGUGUGCAGCUCUCAAUAGUGCUAUUUUAGAAUCUCAGAACCUGCCAAAGCAGCCCCCACUGAUGCUCGCCUUGGGCCAAGCAUCCGAGUGUCUUCGGCUUAUGGCCCGAGUUGGCCUAGGCUCCUGUUCAUUUGCCAGAGUUGAUGACUAUUUGCACUAGCCACCUGAGUAAGAGGGGAGCACCAUCCCACCAAGCUGCCCCAGCCUGGCCCCUGGGCUCUACCUGGCCUUCUCCAUGCUGCCCCUUCUCACCCUGGGCUAGCCCAAGUACUCAGGGCUAGCCUUCUCCUCUCAAUAUCAUCAUGGCCCCUUCUCACACAUCUGUCUCAGAGACCUGAAAGCUGCUGGCAGAGUUAGAUCUUCCCUUCUCUCUCUCUCUCUCUCUCUCCCCCCCCCCUCUCCCUCUCCCUCUCUCCCCCUCCCCCCUCCUUUUCCAUCCCCUUUCUCCAUCCUUCUCUCAGCCUCCCCUUGACUCUUCCAUCAUGUGCAGCAACAGCAGGGACAACAUACACAGUAUUUGGCUGGUUACCCUAAUGUAGCGCCUUCCACUCUUAGGGGACAUUGUUGGGGGGAGGCAGAGGGAGUUGGUUGCUUUUGAUUUUUUAUCUAUAUUUUUUCUGACUGAGCCACCAGUAUUUAUCUCUGGAGAGUUUGUGCUGAGCUGGUUUCUGCUAAUUUAGUGAUGAUAAAGCUCAUCCAAGUUGGUGAUAGCUUAUUAUUUUCUUAAGUAAAAAAAAUGAGAUUAUAUAUAAAUAUAUAUAUAUAUAAACAAACACAGUAUUUAUCGUAGUGCUAGUUGUCUGGACACUUUGGGGAGAGGCAGUCCAGACAGUGUAUGCUUUUAGGGGGAGGGGGAGGUCCCACUCACUAAAAAGAAACCAUCUCUGUCACCCCAACCAAGUUGUUCAUUUCUUUCUACCAUGUCCCCAGCUGAACUUCCAAACCAUAAAGUCAGUUGAAGAAAACACAGUAGGAGCUUUGUUGUGUUGGAUGUGGCCAGAGUUAGGGAAGAAGAGAGCAGAAGCCAAGGGAGGUUGGUCAUCAGAUCAUGCAGUUCAGAGUGAGCCAGGGACUUUUGCAGUUUCUGUUCCAACACCCUCAUUUUACAGAUGAGGAAACUGUCUCUGAACGAGAAUGGCACCUGCCUGAAGUCACAUAAUAAGUAGCAGAUCCAAGACUAACCUUGGUCUUCUGGCUGUAAGUCUAAGCUGCCCUGUCCACCAUAAUAGGUCACCUCCCUGAAAGUGUGAGAGUGAGAAUGUCUUCGAGAGGGGCCCAGGAACAGUCCUUCGGCUCAGGCAGAGACAGCUGGGUAGAACUGGGCCCUGGACACUGGAGAUGUCCGAGUUUGAUCGUUGAGGCCAAUGAGACCCUCUUUAUCAGCAUGUGGGUAAGGGGUAGAAACUUAGAGAAGUAGACCUUUUCUGAGAAAGUGCUCACAGCUGUCUGGGACAUUGAUGUUCUGGUGCCAGGCCCAGGCUUCAAAGCAGUGCUGGUUCAUAGAACGAUGAAUUGUAGUCUUAAUUCCAUCUUUUCAAGGGGCAGCAGCCAUCUUGGUCAGUGGUUGGUUUGCUUUUUUUUUUUUUAAGUGUUUACUUUGAAGUCUUGAAAUUUUUUUUAAUGGUUAUUCUUGGCAAAAUGAGACUUUGAGGAACAUGGCCCUUUUUGCAGAACUAUCAUCUGGUCUAUAUGAAGUGGAGUCACUGAAUUUUGGGGGAGUGUGGAUGUCAUGUUCAGGAGUUUAGCACAGCCUUUAUUCUGCUGGAGAGGCCAAUAGUAAGUAGUCCAGAAGAUUCCCACUUGUAGGGAUAAUCUUCAGCCUUUGAUUCCAGGAGUUUAGAGCAUACCUGCCCCUGAAGUUUGUGUCCAGUCAGCAGAAGGUUUGUCUGCAUUUAAAACGGUGAAAGAAAAGAAAAAAGGUUCUUCUUACUGAGCUCCUGAUGCCCUGAGACAUGAGCUGGCUAUGUGCCGAGGCUGCUCCAGGAAGACUAGAGGUGAUGAUUUUUAGGUGAAAGAGACCUUUCCACUUCUUAGACAAGGGAAGAAAACUGCUUAGAAAGGGGACGUUAUUUGUCCAAGUUCUGUUGCCUUCGUGAAUGAGAGUUUUCUCCUAGGUUGGGAGGGUCAGCAGUUCAGCAUCAGGAAUUAGGUGUUUCAGGCCCAGAGAAGAGGGGCUCCUGGAUGGAGAGGAGGAUGACCACAUUCUCAGGCAUAAGAACCUAUGGAAUUAUCUCUUGUAUGGGUUUCCUGGAAGCCAGCUGCAGUGGCUCUGCCACCUGGGCUACCAGUGUCAGGUUUUGGGAUUUACCCCUCCUCCCACUCCUUGUAGUGCUCCCUUGAGCAGAUCCUUGGGCCUGAGUAUGCUCAAGUUCUGGGGCUCCCCCCUCUCCGUCUCAGAGUGUUCUCCCUGGAAAGACUGUCAGCAUGCUUCCGGGGCACUAGGCUUUCAGUCCUGGCCCCCUUUCUAACCAUCCUCCUUAGAACAGAAGCGGCUGUUCCCAUCUAUGCUGCAAUUUCCUUUCUCAUCUCUAGCUCUGCCAUGGUCUUCUGGUGAACUCUGUGAUCUUUUGGUGAGGGCUCUGAACAGGAUCAGAUUGGCUGAUCAUCCUAGUAUAGAUGUAGAAGUCAUCUAGUCCAUCCCCUCAAGCUAGUAGUAAGUAGCUGAGCCAGGGUUUGAGACCAGGUUCUAUGAUUCCAGAUCUAGGAUUCUUUCUGCUGGGCCCCAGUUGGAUAAAGACAGGCAGUGUCUUUAAGGAAAGAGCUCUGAAUUUGGAGUCAGAGAAACUGAGUUCUCUACUGUUUACCACCUAGGAAACCAUAGACAAGUCACCUGUCUUCUCUGGGACUCAGUUUUUUCAUCUGUAAAAUGAAAAAAUUGAACUAAAUGAUCUCUAAGGUACCUCCCAGAUCUAAAGUCUCUGAUUCUAUGAGAAUAUGAAUUAUGAUUUUUUUAAUUUAGUAGUGACUAGCAAAAGUGGGUAGGAAUUACUAGCUAACAGAGAAGGAAGACUUCUCAUACCCCUCUGGGUUGUCCUGAUGAGUGUGGUUGUCUAUACAUUCCCAGCUCUAGUACCAUCUUCUCAUUCAUUUCUGAGGUAAAAGCCAUCAUAAGUUCAAGGUUACCCCAAUUCUCAGAGCCAGAUUACUCUGCUGAUUUCAGUUUCUCUUCAGUCUUUGGAAUUUAUGGUAAACAUCUGAAUGUCCAAAAUGGGAUUGGGGCUCCCCUGGGUCCCUCUUGUAGCCUUUAACAGGCAAUACUGAGUUGAGUGGGAAUCUGUUUUGAGUGCUUGAAGACAGCAGCAGAAACAUUUUCUAGAAACUACUUAAGAUUCACCAGCUUAGUAUUAACUAGGUUUGUCUCUUGCUCAUCACAAAUUCUGUAAAUUGGAAAUGCAGAUGCCCCCUAAGCAUCAGGUUGACAUGUGAACCAAGGAAGGAGAGGAAAAGAGAGCAACUUCAACAUCUGUCAGUAAGAUCCAUUCUGGAGUCUUACAUUUUAGGCCCAGAAACACUUCUGGAGAUUUGUGGAGAAGCAUAAGAGAGGGAGGUGGGGAAUUACCCGUGCUUUUGUCUCUUUAGGGUGAGGGAGACAGUGAUGUGGAGGUGAGAGCAGAGAGCCAGCAUGAAUGGGGGUUGUCUAAAUGAAUGGAAGAAAUGAUAUUCAGGGCAUAGAGUCCAGGAAAUCCAGCCUGCCUUCCACUAUGGCCUCAGUCCUGGGCUCAGCCCAAAGAGCCAGUGAGCCCUAGAGGAUGGCGUUAGGGAGGAAGAGGAAUUAGCUUCCCCAGCUUAUGUAGGAAAAAGUUUAGGCCCCAAGAAGCUUAGAUAUAGCCAAUCACCUAGUAAUAGGGUUAGAAUUCAAACAUGGAAUCCCUUAUUCUAGGCUACCAAGAACUAGGACUAGGAGAACAUUCUAUAGUAUUCUUCAUGUAACAGGUAUUGGGUUUAAUUCCUAGACUCCAUAAAGAUCAUCUAAUCUAGUUCUCUAAUUUUUCAGUUGAAACCCAAGUCCCUGAUAGAUGAUUUGACCAAAGUCUAGGUGGCAGAUCUGAGAUCUGAACCUUGGCCUCCUGACCCUUGUCCAGUGCUUUUUUUUUUUUUUUUUUUUUUUGCUGUACCAUACUACCUCCCAAUGUAAUUGAAUUUUCCAAGUGAGAGACACCCUCCUGAGACAGAAUGUAGGCUCUGGUGGCCAGUGUCUAGUGGUUUGGGAACCAAGAAACACUGAUCUGCUAAUAAUAAUUGACAAUGAAAAAAAUGGAGAAAUUGUCACUCACUCUCAGUUGUCCCUCAAAAGAUUGUCUUUUUAUGAUAGUGCUGGUCAUUUCCUCCUUGUUUGAGGAAACCCUCAGGAGGUCAGAAUAGUUCUGGAACCACCUAGGAGCAUCAGGCCUCUUCCAGAGCAGAUUAAGAGAGGCCCAAACCUGAUAGGUCCUCACAGCUCUAAAGGUAGGCCGAGAUUUUUUUUUAACCUUUUUUGCCCCCUCCCACCUUUUUUUUAAAGAGUAAGAAUGAUAGCAUAACUGGAGGAGGGAGAAAAAGGAAGGAGAAGUCAUUUUUUCAGUGCCUUGAUGUCUCAAAUGGACAUCAGGGAGGGCAGGCCACACUACCUCCUCCCCCCAGGGACUUUUCCAUGCCCACAUGUCUAUCUGGUGGAAACAACUUUGCUUUUUGAAAGUCAGCAGUGUCUGACCUUCAGUACCCAAGAGUUGAGGAUGCUGAGCUGCUUUUUUCAUUGGGCAUCAGCUGGGUUUAGGAUGUAGAGCAAGUUCUUAGAGCUAGAAAGGAGCUCAGAAAUCAUCCAGAGCCUGCCCUUUCACUGAAGACCUUGAAACCCAACGACACACAGUUUGUGAUGAGCAAAGCCUGGGGGGCUGGGAUGCAGGCUCACUCCUAGGCCAUUCCUCUUUCUACUCUCCCUUGGUACCAGUAGUGAGACCAUACCACAAAGCUAUAGCUGGAAGGAGAGGGAGGCAUGCCUUGCAGGUAUCAAGAUGCCACAGAUGGGCAAGGCCCUGAGUCAGGUGAAUGGCCGGAUUUUGACAUUUGGUGGAAAAGGCUAUCCCGAAAGUCAGUGAAGGUCCCAAGAGAGCUAGCAUAGCGGGAGUGCUGAGAGGGAGAAGGGGAUCAUUCUCCAUUGGCCACUCCCUAUACAAGGUUUCCUCUUUGUUUUCUGUGCCUUAUCUGAAUAUUUCAACUGACUCCAAGUUGUUUACAUUUCUUGUCCUUCCCCAGGGAGGGGGCACUUUCAGUCCCAAGUGGAUCAUCUGCACCUCUUGAAAUCUGUAGGUAACCAGCAUCAAGGUCCUAUGGGCCCUCUGUCUUCAGGGGGAAUUUCCCAUGCCAUCUCUGACCAUCUCCAGGGGACUCAAGCUGCAGAAGGUCACAGAGCUCUUGAAUACCAAGGUUAAAUCAGGUUUUCUGUGAAUCCUCACAGAGCUGCUAAAGGGAGAUCCAAACCCUUCCCCUCCAGGAAGGUAAAAUAAGAGGCAGGCCCCUUCCUUCAUUUCUUCCAGGCUUUCCUCACCUUACCUGUGGUGCUGAAGAGUGUUUUCACAUCAGAGGUGUGGUUGGGAAGGUCAUUGCUAGGAGAGGCAUCUCUGUUACUUGCCAGCUGGGUGCUCUCUGGGACAACCAUCAACUGAGAGACCUUUUCUCUGACCUUGCAGUGCCAUGAUCUACAGGAAACAAACAUCCAUGCAGAUUCACAGAAACCAGCUCACAGGCCCAGGCUCUCCCUAGCUUCUGCUGUGUUGACCCUUUCAGUCCCAGCUCCCUGGGGUUCCUGGAAAUGGGGCCAAAGGUUCUGAGUUUGGAGUGGUAUAAGGAUAGGAAGCAGGGAGUGGUUCUCCAGAAUAGCAGGAAGCGAACCCUGGGGGUAUUCCCUUUACCCCAUCCUCUCUUUUGGAAGCUGUAGCUUUCUUUCUGUGGAUGGGGGAAGCAAAUUCAAGAGCCCUUCAUCCACUCUACCCCCAGCCAUGCCCGUUGGUCUCUGAUGGACAUAUCUUCCAGAUCCUCCAAUGGGUUGGGUGUGUUUGGUUGUGCAUGCUGUUCUGGGGAUGGGGAAUUCCCUUGUCCUCUCCCUUGGAGAUGGAGGAAGAGCGCAGAGUCUGCUGAUCUUGGGACACUGACACUCCUGGGUCAAGCACAAAGUAAGACGGAAACUAUUAAAAUGGAGAGUUUCUUUUGGACACUCAAAACUCAGGUAUGAAAAGCUACAUCUCAGCAUGAAACCAGAGAAAAAUGUGUCGUUUGCCAGCACCAUCACCAGGACAUCUGACAGCCCCUGCUCGCUCCUGAUUGACACAGCGAUGGCUACUCCUACCCUCAGCUUUCCAGGCCUCCUCCUCAUUAAAAAGAGUUUUUCCUCUUUGUGAGUAACUUCACCAAAAUGGACGUGAUCAGAGUUGUGCACACUGGGUCUGCCUCUGCUUUGUAUUUGUGAGUUGAGUUACCUGGCACUAGCAUGAAGCCUUGAAGAAGGGGUGGGAGGAGGGAGGGGGGGACAUUUUAACUAAGGAAAAAAAAAACUAUUCAAAUGUACUCAAGAUACGAUAAAGAUGAAACUUUCUGUUGUAUUUUGACAGAAUUAUUUUUAUUAAAAUAUACA